GUUUAUACUCAUCGAUAACUUAUUUAUUUAUAUUUAUUUAUUUUUUCAAUUUUAAUAUGUUUACCUCCUUAGAUUCCAAAGGCACUAAGGCAAAACCAACGAAGAAAUGGAUACAAAAAUAUUCAAUUCAUUGGGAGCAAAAGUUAUCUUGGAUAACAAAAAGUGACAAAGGUAAAACUUUUGCUUAUUGCAAAAUAUGUGAUCAGCAUGUGAGAAGCACAGGUGGUUUCACUGACCUGAAAAGGCACGAAAAAACGACAAAGCAUGUCAUUAAUAGUGGAAAAUUGAAAUCAACGGGUAGCUCGACUGGUAUCAACACAUUCAUGUCCCGAAACGACAAAGCUAUGAACGCAGAAUUGCAAAUUUCGGCUUGGGGUGCUGAGCAUAAUAUCUCGGCUAGAAAUCUUGAAGGUUUCGUAGAACUUUCUAAAAGAAUUUUCAAGGACUCUUCUACAGCACAAAACUUGAGACUGGGACGAACAAAAAUUCAAGCGAUUCAAACCAAUGUCAUCGGUAGGACUGGUCUGGAGGAGCUACUGAAAAUUAUUCAAGUAAACUUCUUUAGUCUACUUGUUGAUGAAUCGACUGAUCUUUCGGGACAAAAAUCACUCGCAAUGAUCGUAAGAGCGGGCAUUUGGCAAGCUGACCAGCUCUUGGUACAUGAUUUUUUUUAUCAUAUUGAAACUGUGGUGGAGGCUAGCGCGAUUAGUUUAUAUGAGAUAAUUUCAAAAAAGCUCGAGGCGGAUGGUGUUCCAUACAAAACUAAUUUGAUCGGCUUCGGCUCCGAUGGCGCAAACGUAAUGAUGGGGGCACAUCACUCAGUUGCAACCAUGAUCAAGCGAGACUGCCCAUAUGCUUUUAUCAUGAAAUGCAUAUGCCAUUCAUUAGCCCUUUGUUCAUCAUAUGCUUGUAAGCAUAUCCCGUGCUCGGUCGAACAGCUGUGUCGGGAUGUAUACAAAUUCCUCAGUUCUGGAGGACAGCGUGGGAGUUGUUUCAAGGAACUGCAAACUCUCGUGGAACUGAAACCUCUCAAAAUGUUGCAUCCUUCUGCUACACGUUGGUUAUCGUUAGAAUCGGUCGUUGUACGAAUGUUGGAAAGAUACGAUAUACUUCAAAUUUAUUUUAACUUCAAAGACGUUCGCACAGAUAAAUUAACGAGAGAAAAAAUGGAAGCCAUCAGAGUAGGAUUGGAAGACCCAACCAUUAAAGUAUACCUGACAUUUUUGAAAUACAUUCUCCCGGUAAUCAACCAAAUCAAUAAGCUUUUUCAGUCAGCGUCACCUGAACUCUGUCGGCUGCAUGGUGAUGUUUCACGGUUAUACCGUACAAUUCUGGAUAACUUUUUGGCAUCCGAAUACAUGGCCGAUUUGAACGAAUUGAGCAAGGUAGUGUUCUCUCAUCAAAAUUACAAAGCAUUAGAAGAAAUGUUUAUCGGCACGGAAAGUAUGUUGCUCAUGGAACAAUAUCUACAGUCUCGCACUCUCAACCAGCAAAUUGCCACGGAGGUUAGAACAAAUAUACUUAACUUUUAUGUCACGCUCUGCAAUCAGAUUACCAAACGUAUUGAUUUAAGUGAUCCUAUUAUUGUCCAAAGCGCGAGAUUGGAUCCAAAAAAUAUUUUGAACAGGAAAUUUGAAUCUAUAUAUCCGUUGGUUAAAAACUUCCCAAACUUGGUCCCCGAAUCAGAGCUACAAGCUGCCGAUAUGGAAUAUCGGGAACUGAGGAACAUAGAGUUAAAGGACUUUCAACCGGAAGAGUUGACUUGUAGUGUAGGGUUUUGGAGUAAAACUCUAAAUGUACGACGUGCUGAUGGAAGCUUAGCGUUUCCUAUUUUGCGAAGAGUAGUUCCAGGACUGCUGUCCCUUCCACACAACACGGCUUCUGUGGAAAGGUUAUUUUCGCAAUGUAAUAAAAAUAAAAAUAAGUUGAGGAAUCGAAUGACACCCGAAGUACUGGAAGGGCUACUGACAUCGAAAGAUUAUGUAAACCUUCAUAAAACUGCAAAUGGAGGUAUAGAAAUAACUAGCGAAAUGAAGAAGAAAUUUACAAGCGAUAGGUACAACAUGGAAAAUUGA